AUGGCUUCUGUUUGUGCUUCUUCUGCCAUUUCUGCUGUUUCCAUCUCUUCUUCCAGUUCCCAGAAGACUAGAUCCCUCGCUGGGUCAACAAAGGCUUCUUUUCUUAGUGGGAAGAAAUUGAGACUGAAAAAGUACACAUCACCAACUGCAGCUCGAUCAGUUACAGUUUGUGUUGCAGCUGACCCUAAUAGACCCCUCUGGUUCCCAGGCAGCACCCCUCCUCCAUGGCUUGAUGGCAGCCUCCCUGGAGACUUUGGUUUUGAUCCUCUUGGCCUUGGAUCUGAUCCUGAAACUCUAAGAUGGAAUGUGCAAUCGGAACUUGUUCACUGCAGAUGGGCCAUGUUAGGUGCUGCUGGUAUUUUCAUCCCGGAAUUCCUUACAAAGAUUGGCAUCCUAAACACCCCAUCAUGGUACACUGCUGGGGAACAAGAAUACUUCACCGACACCACCACACUCUUCGUUGUUGAGAUGAUCUUUAUUGGCUGGGCCGAGGGAAGAAGAUGGGCAGAUAUUCUCAAGCCAGGCUGUGUCAACACUGAUCCUAUCUUCCCUAACAACAAGCUCACUGGUACUGAUGUUGGUUACCCAGGUGGGCUAUGGUUUGACCCACUUGGAUGGGGAAGUGGUUCUCCUGAGAAGGUCAAGGAAUUGAGGACGAAGGAGAUCAAGAAUGGAAGACUAGCUAUGCUGGCUGUGAUGGGUGCUUGGUUCCAACACAUUUACACUGGCACUGGUCCGAUCGACAACCUCUUUGCUCACCUUGCAGAUCCUGGUCAUGCCACCGUUUUUGCUGUAAGUGCACCCCUAACAAUUUAA